UGUGCUCGUGCGCCUACAGUUUCCGGUCUUGCCCUCGUCGCUAGUCGUUGCUUCCUCCGAUUUUCCACUCGCAAUCCGGGGCGAAACAACCGGGGAGCAAAGGAAGAAACCGAGGGGAAAGCGCAGCUGGGUUUGCGGAUCUACGAGUCUGCGAGGGCACGCUUGGUUCCUUCGGUUCCUCCAAACUCUUCUAACCAUGAGGGCGAAAAAGAUGAUAUAUGGAUUCUCCAUCUCCCUUAUCCUCAUCAACCUGGCUUCCAUAAUGGAACGGGCUGAUGAGAAUCUCCUCCCAGCCGUGUACAAGGAAGUCAGUGCUGCCUUCGAUGCUGGUCCUACUGAUCUGGGGUACCUUACGUUUAUAAUGAACUUUCUGAAGUCCAUAGCAUCUCCCUUGGCAGGUGUCCUUGCUCUUCAGUAUGAUCGCCCCACUAUUCUUGCGAUCGGAACUGUCUUCUGGGCUAUAUCAACAGGGGCGGUUGGUGUCAGCCAGUAUUUUCAGCAGGUUGCAUUCUGGAGAGGUGUAAAUGGUGUCGGACUUGCCAUUGUAAUACCAUCACUUCAAUCCUUCAUUGCUGAUAGCUACAAAGAUGGCACUCGUGGCGCAGGAUUUGGCCUGUUAGCCCUUAUUGGCUCAAUAGGUGGUAUAGGAGGAAGUAUUCUGGCUACAAUCAUGGCCGGAAGGGAUUACUGGGGAUUGCCUGGAUGGCGAUUUGCGUUCAUUGUGGUAGCAUUUGUGAGCUUGUUAAUUGGGCUUCUUGUCUAUUUUUACACCGUUGAUCCUAGAAAAGUGUCCCCAAGCAAUUUUGGUGAUGAGGACAGCCACGAGAGGUCACGUUUGGUUGGCAAUACUAGUAUUUUUCCUCCACAGUCUAUCUGGAAGGAUUCAUGGAUAACUGCAAGAUCUGUCAUGAAAGUGCGGACAUUUCAAAUCAUUGUCUUGCAAGGCAUAGUUGGCUCUCUGCCAUGGACUGCUGUUGUUUUCUUCACGAUGUGGUUUGAGCUGAUUGGUUUCGACAAUAAAAGCUCAGCAGGAUUAAACAGCCUAUUCGCUAUCGGCUGUGCCAGUGGAUCAUUUCUUGGUGGAGUAAUCGCAGAUCGCUUGUCAAGACGCUACCCGGAUUCAGGCCGCAUCAUGUGUGCUCAGUUCAGUGCCUUCAUGGGCAUCCCUUUCUCAUGGAUUCUCCUUACACUCAUCCCCCAGUCAGUUGAUUACUGGUAUAGCUACGCUUUCACACUCUUCUUGAUGGGGAUCACCAUAAGCUGGUGCGCCACCUGCGCAAACAACCCGAUGUUCGCAGAGGUAGUCCCUCCCAAGCACCGCACUAUGAUCUACGCCUUCGAUCGCGCAUUUGAGGGCUCAUUCGCCUCCCUGGCUGCCCCUGCUGUCGGUAUGGUGACAGAGAAGAUCUAUGGCUACAACUCGAAGACGGUCAAUCUGGAAAACGGAUCAGUGGCGGGGGCGUAUGCUCUCUCAAGGGGGCUGCUGACCAUGAUGAUUGUUCCUUUUGGUAUGUGCUUCUUGUUCUACACCCCGCUGUACUUUGUGUUCAAGCGUGAUCGCGAUAAUGCGAGGUUAGCAGCCAGCGCCAAGGAGCUCGAGCUUAUGUGAAUAUGACGAAAUGUUUCUCAUCAGGGCUGUGCAGCGACCAGCAGCCAGCUGCUUCAGUUAGCCUUAGCUAUUUUUUGGUCAGGUUUUGACCAAGUUAGCCUUUCCACAACCUUCUUCAGAAACACAGAAAGCACACUAGUACACGUGAUGAUUAUUUGUACAACGAGGGACGAUGAAUUGUUAUGAUCUUUUUUGUAGAUAAAUAAAUGUCAGCUGCUGUCAUGUUCAA